GAGAAGAAUUUCCGGGCGUAUGUCUCACUGUUUAUGAGACAUCUCUGUGAACCGGGUGCUGACAACUCGGAAACAUUUGCUGAUGGAGUUCCACGCGAAGGACUUUCCCGACAGCAUGUGUUGACUCGAAUAGGAGUCAUGUCUUUGAUACGAAAGAAAGUACAAGAAUUUGAUCACAUAAACGGUUCGGUGAGUGUCAUAAUACCCGAACAGGAAAACGUACAAAACGGGACCAAUGGCUCCACUGCUGUCUCAACCGUCUCCUCCUCAUUGACGACACCAAAUGACAGUAAAGCGCCGUCGCCUACGCCCACACUCACUGAUAAUAAGGACACCACUGAUGAACAAAAACCCACUGAAGAAAAAGUGGUCGAAGAAGUAGAGAAGAGUUCGGAAUCGGAUUCAAAGGUAGAAGAAACUGAAAAAACAGACGAUAAGAAUGAAGAAGAGAUUAAAAAAGAAGUAGAAGAAGAGACGUCUCCAAAAGCUGCCGAACCCACUGAAAGCACUGAAGAGCCUAAGACUGAAACAAAAGAAGAACCGAAGGUUGAAGAGAAGACUGAGGAGAAACAGGAAACUAAUGGCGAAUCUGUUGAAGAAAACGGAGAAGAGAACAAAGAAAAGGAAAAUAAAGCAGUGAAUGGCAGUAAAGAAUCGACGGAAGCUACGGAAGCGAGUGAUGGAAACCCGAAAGAAGUAAAAGAAGUGAAGAAAGUUUUGGCGAAACAAAAGUUUAUGUUUAAUAUAGCGGACGGAGGUUUCACUGAACUGCACACUCUUUGGCAAAACGAAGAGAAGGCUGCCGUUCCCGUGCGUCAACUCGAGAUAUGGCACAGACGUCACGACUAUUGGUUGUUGUCAGGCAUUGUGAGACACGGCUACGGGCGCUGGCAGGACAUCCAGAACGACGUGGCCUUCUCUAUCAUCAACGAGCCAUUCAAGAUGGAUGUCGGCAAAGGAAACUUCUUGGAGAUUAAGAACAAAUUUCUUGCGCGAAGAUUCAAACUAUUAGAACAGGCGUUAGUUAUAGAGGAACAGCUGCGAAGAGCCGCAUACCUGAACCUGACUCAAGACCCGACUCACCCGGCGAUGGCAUUGAACGCAAGGUUUGCUGAGUUGGAGUGUUUGGCCGAAUCGCACCAACACUUGAGUAAAGAAUCGUUGGCUGGAAAUAAACCGGCGAACGCUGUGCUCCAUAAGGUUCUCAACCAAUUGGAAGAACUUCUGAGUGAUAUGAAGUCAGAUGUGAGUCGACUUCCGGCAACCAUCGCCCGAAUACCUCCCGUCGCCCAAAGGCUUCAAAUCUCUGAGAGAGGUAUACUUUCCCGUCUGACUGGUCAGCCACAGCCACAGCUCAAUAUGAGUGAACUCAUGAGCGGACAGACACUACCGCCAGCCUUUGCUAAUCAGGCGCCGCCCACUAAAUGAUGGCAAUCAUUUCUAAGCGAAUAAUUUUUAACAAUUCAUACAUAACUUAACAAAUUCUUGUCUCUUGUCUUACAUUAUACUGUCUUUUAAACGAUUUAUAGAAUGACUUAAAUUUUUGCAAAUAUAUUUAGUACAUGAUAUCGUUUUCAGUAUUUCGUGACUUAUGAUAUAUUUAUCAGUUUACGAUAUACC